AUGACGCCGAAAGUCCUCUGGCCCGUACUGUUCGCCGGUGGAAUGGUAUUCCUUUCGAUCGGAUUUGGUCUGCAGCAUGUAGCGUCCAGCACACCUGAAUUCUCGCUCGAUUACACGUACUGCCAGGCGUACGGUGACGCUUCGAACAGGAGUUGUGCAGACAUCAUCAGCGAACACCGUGGUUCCACAUGCAAGUGUGUCGUUAAUUUCACCCUAGCAGAACACUUUCCCAAAAACGUUUAUUUCUACUACGCACUGGAGAACUUCCAUCAGAACCACCGGCUGUUUGUGAUUUCCCGUGACGAUGGUCAGCUGCGAGGAGACAUUGAAAAAGCUCCCUCACGCAGAUGCCAUCCGCUAGACUACACUAACCGUGACAAUCGAACGCUACCCAUUGCGCCGUGUGGAUUAAUUGCCAACGCUAUCUUCAACGACACGUUUCACCUGUAUCAGCAGCAUGCACCGUACCGCCCGGUACCGCUCAUCGGUGGUGGCUCUGUAUGGCCACACGAGCAGGAACUAAAGUUUCGCAAUCCACCUGGUGACCUUCGCACGGCGCUUCAAAACUACUCACGACCUCCGUCUUGGUCACGGGAGCUGUGGGAGCUGGACGCACUUAAUCCCACCAACAAUGGGUUCCAGAAUGAGGAUCUCAUUAACUGGAUGCGGUCGGCCGCAAUGCCCGGCUUCCGCAAGCGACAUCGCCGGGUGGACCAUUCGAUUGAACCUUUCGAAGAUGGGUUACCGAGCGGACGGUAUGCGCUGCACAUUCAGUACACCUACCCGGUGGCCGCGUUCGAUGGACGGAAAUCAAUCAUUCUUAGCUCUCCAUCAUGGAUGGGUGCCCGUAAUCCGUUCACCGGCUACCUGUUUCUUGCCGUUGGAGUUCUCCAGCUGAUCCUGAGCUGUGCACUUUUUGCUGUGCACUAUUUUUUGUGA